AUGGGAAGCCAGUUAACCCCUAAGAUGGAUGGAUCGUUUUUCUCCGAGACCUUUUCGGUAAAGGCUCUCGGCAGUGACUCCACCGUGAAAGCCGAGUGCCGUUGGAGAUUCUCGCCCCCUCUCUUGCCUAAGAAAGUCAACGGAAAUGCACAUCCGUACUACAAAUCUAUCGAUCUCAUCCUGAAUAUCACAUCCUCGGAGAAGACCGAGACGGAUGGCCACGCAGCCAAUGGAACGGAGGGUAUUGCUGACUGUACUAAUACGCCAUUGGGGACUAUCAUCAACAAAUGUGUGACAUCAAAGCUGCCGUACGCCGGGGGUAGCAGACCAAAUCGCGCCAUAGAGGCUCUGAUCAAGGUCUUGUUGGUCCCACGCAAUGGCUAUCUCUCUCGACCCGAUAUUCUGCAGUUGAGAAUGGUACAUUCUGACUGUGUCGAAUCCGUCAUUCCCCUCCAGGGAGAGGACAAGCCUUACCGCGCGGUACUUCAAACAGAAAACGAUCUGCUUUCUCUUUUACGGUCCUCUCCCGGGGCUUUGAUCUGCACAGAAUCCAUCCAAUCGGCUCAUGGCCUCCAGGUCUUUGACCUUGUCGAUCGGGAAGUCGCCGAGAGGCUCUCUUUCGACUGGAUCCUCCCUGACAAAGCUCCAUCAUUGAUCGUGGCAGUUGUUGGCGGUCGCCCUCUGUUCGAUAGCACGACAGGGGGGUAUGGUUCCGAGGGACCCUUCGACGCGGCUAGAGCGCUUGGAAUAGCUGUCAUCGUCCUUGAUCGACCCGGCCAUUUCAUGGAGGGCCCAAAGUACAGUUAUCUGCGAGACGACUUUAUUGCUGUCGAUAUGAACAGUGAUGACAGUUUGUCUGAAAGACUCACCGCAGCUGUCAAGGGUCGCAAAAUAGAUGGCAUCAUCACCUUCUCAGAUGAGUAUGUCAUCGCAACUGCAAAAGCAGCCGAGAUGUUGGAUCUCGAGACUGAGCCCGUUGAGUCCAUAAUCACCGCUCACUACAAGGAUGCGACCCGCAAAGUUCUCAAUACUCCCAAUAUGCAGUCUUUUCGGUUGGAGAGUGCCAAAGACUUGGAUAAUGAAGAGAUUUCGAACAAGUUGGAAACCUUGAAGUACCCUCUGGUGAUAAAGCCAUGUCGUGGUGGCGCCUCUCGGGGUGUCAAAAAGGUUCAAAACCACCACAAACUCCGAGAAGCAAUCGACCAGCUCGAGAGCGAUGGUCUUACAAAAUACGGGAUCCUUCUCGAGACUUACAUAAGUGGGCCCGAGAUAGAUGCCAACAUUGCUCUUUGGGAUGGCGAGCUUAUGUUUGCAGAGAUCACGGAUGACUUUCCCUGCACUGCUGAUGCCAACGACGCCACUAUUGCGGACAACUUUGGAGAGACUGUCAUGGUGUCACCCACGCUAUUGCCCCAGAAGGAACAGGACCUGAUCAAGUCAUCUCUGCACCAAACCCUGCUAAAACUUGGUUUCCAAAAUGGGGUAUUCCACGUUGAAGCUAGAGUUCAGAACUCAAGCAUGCGAUACCAAGAAAUUGACGGCCUUGUUGAUUUGGCUAAUACAGACAACCCGUCACCUGGCGACCCUGAGGUGUAUCUCAUUGAGGUCAACGCACGCCCUCCUGGCUUGGACUGCGCCUUCUCAACCCUUCACGCUUACGGGGUAGAUCUUUGCGCCCUACAGCUGCUCCAAUGCCUACGGGAUGGCGAUCGCUUUAAAGCGAUGUGUAAGCCUUUCUUGUCUGAGACACAGUACUGGAGCGCGAACUGCCUGAUCCCAAUUCACCGCCAUAACGUACUGGUACCAGAAGGCUUCUGUAGCGAAGUCCUGGAGAGAAUGCCAGACGUUGCUCCGGAUGUUUUGGAUGAGGUGUGA